AUGGGUAACGGUAUAACAAUAAAUAAAAAACAACUUCCUGGUGUUCCACAACCACCUGGUGCACGUAAAAUUGUUGUUAUUCCAUAUCAAAAAUGGAUCUAUCAUGAUGCACGUCGUUUUGGUCAUUUUAAUCAAUUUAGUACCGAUAGUGGUUGUGAAAUAAUUUCAAAUAAUAAUAAUUCAAAUAAUAAUACAAUUUUAUCUGUUCUCCCUUCACUUUCAUCAAGUUCAUUUUCAACUCCAACAUCUUUUGUAUCAACAUCAUUAUCAUUAACAAAUGAUUUUAUUGUACAAACUAAAACACAAUUAACAUCCGCAUCUGUUCCUUCAUCUAUAUCAUUUUUAACUAAUAAAUCUAAUAUUCGUAAUAAUAAUAAUGGUAAUCAAAAUCCAUCAGCAUCUGCUUUAGUUGGUUCAGCAAUGAUUCUAUCAAGUUCAUCAUCAACAGUAACAUGUUCAUCAACAAUGCCAUCAAAUGAUUCAGAUUUUCGACGUUUAAAUCCUAAACCAGUUUAUUAUGUUAAUGGAAGAUUUUUUAAAAGUUUAACACGUCUUGGUGAUGCACAAUUUAUAUUAAGUGAACAUGGUGAAGAUGAUAUUAUAUUAACAGUACCAUCAAAUAUUGAACGUUAUCGUACAAAUGAUAAUACUGUACGUGAACGUAUACAUCGUUUAAAUCGUGUUAUAGCAUGCUGUGACGAAUUUAUUGUCUUUCAAUUAUGGAAAGGAAAUAAUGAAGUUGAAAUAUUUGUAUUUGAUCGACCGAUAUUAAAUGAACCAUCAGAUAUAAAAAUUUCAUCAAAAAAAUGUACAUGUUUUCAUCGACAAACACAACAACAUCAAUCAUCAUUAAAUCAAUCAUCUGAUCAAACAAAUUCAACAACACGUAUAAAUACACCAAAUCGACAUAGUUCAUUAAUGCAAACAGCAACAUUAAGUGCUUAUCAUACAAGUGAACCACAACGAUCACCAAUUAAAUCAUGUUCAUUAUUAAAUGAUACUGAAAAUCGUUUAGAUAUGCAAAAUGAUGCAUAUGAAUUUGUUGAUAAUACUAAAAAAUUUUCAUAUUUAACCGGUUCAGCUCGAUGUACAUUGGUAACUGCUUCAGCUAUUAUGGCUGCUAAUUAUAAUACUAACAAUAAUACUAAUAUUUCUAAUAAUACAAUAUCAUCGACUAUGUCGAGGAUUCGAUUUGGAAAAUCGAUCAGUCGUGCAAAAUCAACAAAUACACGUUCAUAUUCAAUAUCAAAUACAAAUGAAGUUAUAAAUAGUAAAAAUUCUCAAAAUUUAAUUCAUGAUUCCAAACAUCGUUCAACACCUUAUUUAUCAUCAUUAUCAUGUAAUUGUAUGGAUAAUAAUGAUACUGUAUUAUUAUCAUCAUCAUCAUCAUCACCAACAUUUUAUUUAUCAUCAUCAUCAACAUGGAAUAGUCGUAUUGUUCGAAAACUUAAUUCUGUUGCACAUCGUUUUAAUGCACGAUCUUAUGCAUGUUUAAUAUCACCAGAUCGAACAAAAUUAUUAAUUACACCUGAUUAUGAAGAUAAACAUUCAUAUAGUCAUCAAAUACAUGAAGUAACAGUUAUAUUUGAUAUAAAAACAUAUGCUAUACUUCGAAUAACACCUGCUCGUUAUGAUCAACGAUUUUCAUUUGAUCCACGUUUUGGUCAUUCACGUUUAGCAGAAUUUGAUACAGUUCGUGGUCAAAUAACAGAUAUAACAAAAGAUCGUGUACUUGUUUGUUCAAAUCAUACAUUAAAAACUAAAGUCUAUCGUGUAGAAUAUACUAAUGAUGGACAUUUGAUUAUUGUUCUAUGCACACUUCCGAUAUUUCAACGUGUUAAACGUAAUUAUUUUCUCUAUAUUCUUAAUUCUUCCACAUUAUUACAUACACGAAGUAUUAUCGAUUAUCGUGGUCCAUUUUUUUCUCCAUUUGUAUUUACAAAUGAAUUUUCAUUAUUAUUUAAUAUUUAUCCAUCAUUAUCAAAUUGUGGUUCAACAUUAGCUGUUUUAAAAAAUAUUGAACCAUCAUUAAAUGUACGUCUUAUUGAAGUUUAUUCAUUACCAUAUACAUGUACAACAUUAAAAGAAGUAACAAGACGAAAUAUUUUACGUUAUGUUGAUCGAAAACAAAUAAAACAAUUACGUUUACCUGACAAUUUAAAAGCUUAUCUAGCUUAUAAACCUCAAUUUACAUAA